AUGGCGACCCCGGUCUUUGCCCGCGGAGGCAUGGUGUCGAAAACCGCAGACACACCGGAGAGGCAAGGAUCGCUCGGCUUCAAGGGCGUCAGCCAGAGAACGUCGCAUCCUUGCUCGCUUUGCAAGGUCAAGCAGACCGCAGACGCUGACGACGUUGGAGGACAACUGGGCGAGAGAGACUACGACGUCGUCAAGAACCGCCGAACGCGACGAGAGUGUGAGCACGGGCGGUCUAAGCUCUUGGAAAUGGGGUUCGGGACUGGAGAAGCGGUGAAGUUGUCCAAAGAGCUCGGCAUCGUGGAGCCACACCCCACGUUGGUCGGUCAUCCACGGGCGCUUUGGGAUCUGACGUCGAUGCACUCGCCCAUGGUGUGUGUGGGCUCGGAGCUCCUCCAUCUCAACAAUCUGAACCACCUCGGUCAAUCGCAGACGUUUCUCCUAGAUCUUCUGUCACCAGCCGGCCGAGAACACGUUGCGGGAAUCUUCCGGCAGGGUCGCACCUUGCUUGGUGCAGGAGUCUCGCCACUCAAGAACCCUGUUAAGGACUACCCAGGUUACACCGGGGCGCAGAAGGCGCUUUUUGGGAGUGUACAGCUCAUCGUUCUGCGCGGGUUGCUCUUAUCCACGGCCAUGAUGAAACACUAUCUGAACUCAACGGCGCUGAAGAAGUACAACGGAGAGAUAUGGGGCCACGUGAGCCCCGAGGAAGUGCGGGAUCGUGUACUCGAGUACUUCCAAGCGUCGUCCUCGCUCUCCUUCGCCGCCAACGGCCAAGAGUUCACCGAUUUCGACCUGCUCCAACUGCACACACGGGCGGGAGACUAUGUCGAAAACGCGAAGCUUACCUUGGGGCGGGCGGGCGUGAGGACGAGCAACCACAUGUGGCUUCACUUCGCCGACAGCAUCAAAGCACACGGGCACCAUCAGAAUGCAGACGUCAGCGAGGGAGGACACCAACACCACAAGAAACACAACAAGUCAGGCAGCUCACGAGACCCGCCUGCACACCACGCGAGGAAUACGAACACCAAGCUGGCGCUGAUGAGGUUGGCUACAUCCGAGACCUACACAGCAACCCGGUACUCCUACUCCAAAAAGACUAUGAUUACCGAGACGGUGACCUCUGGUCCCGGCUGCCAGCGCGUCCUACAGGCGCUCGACGACAGUCUCUCGGGAGGGAUAACGAACGUUGUCGAUGGCACCGAGGGCACGAAACCGACGGCAGCAAUGUUGGCGGGGCAACCCCACGGCUCAGCCACUUGGCGUGCGACAAUCCUGCGUCAAGAUGCCGCGCCCAACGACGUCAGAGCCGGAUCAGCAGGCAGUGGAGUGGCGCCCGACGACGUCGGAGGCGGAUCAUCUGGCGGUGGGGGGCCGAGGGAGGCGUGGGAAGCGUGUUUGAGCAAAGGUGCCGUACGUCCCAGCGCGGGGGCCAUCCUGAACGCCAAUACCCUGUGGUAUGCCUGCGGCCGCUCCGACGGUGACGGCCGCGACGUCUGUAAAGAGCUGAGGUGCUCGUCCUGCUGGGAGGGGGGAGGGAAGAGUCUGAAAAAUGACGAGAUCAUCUGCCAUCGGAUCAAGCACGGCGUGCCUGCCAAGAUCAGCAGCGGGCUGGGGCGGUUCAAGGGGGGCGACGUGAAGGCCGCAACCGCGGGCGGGGCAACCCCGCGCGACUGGGUGGCGGGCAGCGGGCAAGGAGACGCUGUAGAAAUUUUUACGAACCCCAUGGCCAAGAGGGACGACCUGAGCGGUGACGGUCAUGUCACGUUGGGAAGGAUCUUGUACUUCUUCGACCUCGAGGGCAACCGACGCCCUGACUCCAUCCCUGACGCGGGCCCCGCGAUGGAGUUUGUCCUCGCGUACGAGUUCGUCGCUUGUGGGUCUGGACGGUCCAAGAAAGCAGAUUCCGUCACACAGCACCCCACCUACUGGCUGCAGGGAGGGGUUAAGCAGGUUCCGUCAGUCUACCCGAUCGAAGCCAUUCGCAGGCAUGUCAUGAUGUACCACCACUGCCCGGCGUCGAGCUUCGCCACCGGGGUCAGUCACACUCCAGCGCCCGACUCGUGCGGACUUCACGCUGAUCACAGAGCUAGAGGGGGGGGGAAGGUUUGGAAGCACCACUACAGGCUAGCAGCGGCCAAUCCGGGCCACGGGACGCGUACAUGCCGAACGAGCACUGGCGGAGUUCUUUUCAGGACGGUGUUGUCUGAGACAAGAUGUGGGCUAGUCAGAGUUGUGGUAUUUGACGUGGGUUGGUCGGGUUGCUUGUGCGGCAAAAUACCCCAUUGGCACCCUUCGAGCUCGUCUCCCUCGUGUCAUUAA